GUAUCUCUGCACCUCACCAGGCUUCAGUCAUGAGGAUCCAUUACCUUCUCUUCUCAUUUCUCCUGGUGCUGCUGUCGCCCCUUUCUGUCUUUACUCAAAGCAUCAACAAUCCAGUCUCAUGUGUGACCCAUGGAGGCAUAUGCUGGGGUCGGUGCCCUGGCAGUUUUCGACAGAUUGGCACUUGUGGACUGGGUAAAGUCAGAUGCUGCAAGAAAAAAUAGAUAAAAAGACCAAGAACCUGUGAGAUGAAUAAAUUGCCAGAGUCUGCUCCUCCAUGAAAAUGCACAAAGCAAACCGAAUUAAAGAUCUUUGAUAACCUUCCAGGAGUUCCAGCACCUUCUUUUGACCUUUAUGGAGAACAUAUACACAAUACAAAAAUACCAUACCCAGAAACUUAAUAAUAGUAAUAAGUAUAAUUUUAAAAAUACAGUCAUUG